AUGGCUACUUGCAAACAAGAAAGUCUUGUAAACCAAAAACGUUUGCUAGCGGCACGCCGUCUUGGCCUUGUAUUUGAUUUGGAUAACACACUGAUGGAACAAAGCGACGAUCCUCGCUGUUCCGUUGCUCCCUCGUUCGGCAUUCCAAAUAUUCAUUUCAUCCAAUUCAAACGAAACAACCAAUUGUCCAAACACACAAUCAUUCUUCGCCCUGAGGUCCAGUCCAUUUUGACCGAACUCUCCAAAUACUAUGAACUUUCGAUUUACACAAACGGCGUUCGCACGUACGCCCAAGCCAUCAUUGAGAGCAUUGAUCCGAAACACCAACUUUUUGGGAGUCGUGUGAUUGCUCGUGAUGAUGUGCCUGACAAUAGCGAAACCAACUUUUUCAACAACUUUUUGCCCGCCUCGAAGGAUAUUAGCUUUGUAUUGCCGGGGUUGGAGCGUUUAGGCGUGGUCGUCGAUGACUCGGUGGAGGUCUGGAAGGACCGAGCCAUCGUUCUGCACAUUCCGAAGUUCUGCUUCUGGAGGUCGUUUCUGAAAUGUUACGAAACAGGAGGCAAAAAAGUGGAAACGAUGUUUGAAGCAGUGGGGUGGAUCAUCAAUAACGACUCGAUGAACAUUGUGAAGGACACCUUGGUGCAGAUCCAUCAACAAUUCUACGCUCGAGCACAGCAGCGUGACACAGGUGUCCCUUCCACGUCUGUAGGAGAAGUCAUUGGACAGCUGAGAGCGUCGCUCUUUCGAAAUACUUUGAUUUACUUCGAUGAAACGUUCUCGAAGCGAGAUCCGAAGUCGCAGUAUCUCUUCUCGCUUGUCAAGCAGAUGGGAGGAAAAAUCGCGGAAGCCUACACGCCCGAUGUUACGCAUGUUGUUUCUGCGGGAGUGGAAACGGAGCUACUCAAAAAGCUCUGCUUAAAUCCUCCCUGUAAGCUGGUUAGUGAGCAAUGGAUUAUUGGGUGUUAUUCGUUUGUGCAAAGAAUCUCAGCGAAGCGAUAUCCUGUGCGAGGAAUUGAACAGCUUCGCGAGCGACUCGAAAACCCACGAGCUUUUCAACAAUUUGAUCCAAAGGAAGAGGAGAAAAGCGUGAAAGGUAGCAAAGAAGCGGAUCAAACGAAGCGCAAUACAAAGCAAAUGGCGGUCGAUCCGGAUCUGGAAGAUGUCUUGGAGGAGAUGAAGGAGAAUGAAGAAUCAGAGGAGAUUGAGGAGGAGUUUUUUGAUGAUGAUUUUGCAUUCCCUGAGUUGGCAUCACAACCACGAUAUAAUAAACAACCACCCCAGCCCCAGGCUCGAUCCGACCGCGAUAUAUCCUUUAAUAAACGAAACAGAGAAUUUAUAAUUUUGAUGCUUUCUUUGUUAUUAUUCACAACUCUUCUUGUUUAUUGCUAUGGAAAUACUCUUCCUAACGAAGGACACACGCAAGACGUUGUUCCUUCUGAAGAAGUAUUCGAAAGAGGACUCGUUAGCGAAGAGUUGGAUAAGGAGAGUAUUUUAAAGGAAUCCUCAUUGUUCUCUCGUGAUCGCAGUGUAAAACGGAGCGGGGAUAUUCCUGUUCUUGGUUUUGUCACCCCAUGGAACAACCGUACAAUUCUCGAAUAUUCAAUGUACCAUCUAGAUGGGUACGACAUAGCAAAACUGUUCAAAUCGAAGUUCACUCAUAUCAGUCCCUGCUGGUUGCAAAUUCGCAGAAAUCAAGCAAAGCGUCUCUUUGUUGACGGUAUUCACGAUAUUGAUAAGGGGUGGAUGGAAGAACUGCGCAGUGGCUGUGAUGAUCCAUCCACUUGCUUAAAAAUCGUCCCUCGCUUUGUGUGGGAGGCAGAAGGUUUCCAUGAAGAGGAUCUCCAUGUUCUGGGCGAAAUUAUUACUUCGACUUUAGAAGAGUAUUCGUUUGAUGGGCUGAUCCUUGAAUUUGGAUUCAGCAAGGACAUGCUUUUCCUUUAUAAGUUGAUUCGGAAUGCAAUCGGAGCCGACAAGCAGCUUAUUUUAGUAGCCCAUCCUCAGGCAGGUAAAUCAUGUUUCUUGUGUUCCAUGCAAAGUCUCUAA